AUGAAUCUAAAAAGACCUGGAGAUACAUGUUGGAGUUCUCAUUAUGGUGCACUUGUUAAUCUUAUUCACAUGUUUUCUUCUGUAAUUGAUGUGAUAGAAACUAUUAUAGAAGAUGGUUUAUAUUUUAAUCAGAGAGUAGAAGCAAAUAUUUUAAUUGGUUUACUCCAAACAUUUCAAUCCAUGUUUGAUUUACAUUUGAUGAAAGGUGUGCUUGGCAUAAGUAAUGAGUUGUCACAGGCAUUACAACGAAAAGAUCAAGAUAUUGUGAAUGCUAUGAAGUUGGUUGACAUUUCAAAGCAACAUUUACAGGUCAUGAGAGAUGAUGGGUGGAACUCUUUGCUAGAGGAGAUAACUUAUUUUUCAGCAUUCAACAAGCAGAAAUUGAUUCGGCUUGCUCAGUUUUAUCCAAGUGAUUUUUCAAUGGUUCAAGUUUCUUUCUUGGAUAACCAAUGUGAGACAUACAUCCAUGACAUGCGGUCCACUGAAGAGUUUUCAGCACUUAAAGGAAUUGGACAACUUGCUGAAAAGAUGGUAGAAAUGAAAAAGGAUGUUUCAUAUCCAUUGGUUUACUCAUCAGUGACUUUAGCAUUGAUCUUACUAGUUGCAACAACUACUGUUGAAAGAGCUUUUUUUUAG